AUGGCGCUGAUGGCGAUGGCCUUGUGUGAUGCGGAUGAGGUGGUCUUCCAAGAGAAGUCUGAAGGGAUUUGGACCGGUUUGGGUGGAGGUAGGGCUUUGUGCCGCUUUGUGCCCUCGCUUGUCCUUAUUCGGGAAGGCGGCGAACUUUCCACCAAUCAAAGUAUGAUUAGCCACCCCGAGCUAUUUGCUCUGUGUUGA